AUGGCAACAGAGCCAGCGGGCAUCCCCGUCACCGUUGACGCCGCCAUCGCCAACAAGAGGGGCGCCCUCAAGUGGCUGUCCAACCCGGGCAUCGUCAAGCUCAACUGCGUGCUCGCCCUCUCCCUCGUGUCCAGCUACGCCACCGGCUACGACGGCUCCAUGAUGAACGGUCUGCAGUCUCUCGACACCUGGAAGGACUCCUUCAACCACCCCGACGCUCAGGAACUGGGACUACUCAACGCCAUCCAGAACGUCGGCCAGCUCCUCGCCCUCCCCCUCUGCGCCUGGUCCUGCGACCGCUUCGGCCGCAGGCCGUCCCUCCUCGCCAGCGCCUCCGUCCUCCUCGUCGGCGUCGCCCUGCAGGCCGCGGCGCAGGACGUCGCCAUGUUCAUCGCCGCCCGCGGCGUCCUCGGCUUCGGCCUCGCCCUCAACAUCACCGCCGCCCCUCUCAUGAUCAUGGAGCUCGCCUACCCGUCCCAGCGCGCGCCCCUCGUCAGCAUCUACAACUCGCUGUGGGGGCUCGGCGCCCUCGCCGCCGCCUGGGUCACCUUCGGCACGUUCCGCAUCGGAAACACCUGGGCCUGGCGGAUCCCCUCCGUCCUGCAGGGCGUCUCCAGCAUCGUGCAGCUGGGGUUGUGCUUCUUCAUCGAGGAGUCGCCGAGGUGGCUGAUCUCAAAGGAGAGGGACGCCGAGGCCGAGGCUCUGCUUGUCAAGUACCACGCCAACGGCGACGCGGCGGAUCCCAUCGUGCCGUUGGAGAUGGAGGAGAUCAGGACCGCGUUGAGGCUGGAGGCCGAGGCGUCGCGGACGACGUCGUACCUCUCCUUCUUCCACACUCCGGGGAACCGUCGAAGGCUUCUCAUCAUUCUCUGCGUCGGCUUCUUCUCCCAAUGGUCGGGAAACGGCCUCAUCUCCUACUACCUCUCCCUGAUCCUUAACUCGAUCGGAUACACCUCCCAAGACACUCAGACGCUCAUCAACGCCCUGAUCACGCUCUGGGGCCUCUUCUGGGGCAUUCUCGCCUCGACCCUCGUCAACCGCUUCCGCCGCCGCACCAUGUUCCUCGCCUCGACCCUCGGGUCUCUCGCCUGCUACGUCGUCUGGACCGCUCUCCAGGCGACCUACGAGAGGCAGACCGACCUCACGGGCGCCGGGUCCCCCGCACUCGCGAAGGGCGUCCUCGCCAUGAUCUUCCUGUACAACGUCACCUUUACCGUCGGCUGGGGCGCCCUGCAGGUCACCUACGUCGUCGAGAUCCUGCCCUUCCACCUCCGCGCCAAGGGCCUCGUGCUGUACAACCUCUUCGUCGCCCUGGCCCUCAUCUUCAACCAGUACGCGAACCCCAUCGGCGUGACCAACGCCAAGUGGAGGUACUACAUCACCUACGACGUGUGGCUGGCCUUCGAGGCCGUCGUCGUCUACUUCCUGUUCGUCGAGACGGGCAAGAUGAGCCUGGAGGAGACCGCCGUCAUCCUGGACGGGAACGAGGACAGGCUGACGGAGGAGGUGGCGCGGAGGACGGAGAAGCUCGCCAUGGAGGCUGGGGGAGACGGCGCUCGUUUGUAA